AUGCCUCGAACUCUGCCGUGGCUUACCGGGUCCGGCGGAGGGGCGAAAGACGCCACGCCGCGACGACGACCGGUGAAACGAGAGCGAGACAUCAAGAAAGAUGAGGACAACGAGACGACCCCCAAAGCAAAGCUAAAGCUGAGUUCCUCUGAGGUCGGCAAGCGUGACUUCUUUAGAUCUUCUCCCACCCCGCCAUCGUCUCCCAUCCAUCGUUGUCCAUCAGAAGAAUUCCUAAUCGAAGGCCUCGACAAUGAUGACAUCUACAUGAUGGUUGAAGAUGAAUUCUAUGCCGUCGCGCAAACCUUCACCCAGCACCUCCACUACGCCGAAUACGUCCGACGGAAGAAGGAGGCAAAAUUGCAGAAUGCAGCCGCUAUCCAAGACCUCGCCCGGCCCACGGACGGAGUGACACCAAUGAGCGAAGAGACGAAGAGACAACGUGAGGCCGACGCGCUCUCCACGCGGCAAAAAGAUGGGUUGGGGCAGAUUCAGAACGUGCGACCGGCGGUGGACUCCGACGAGAGCGAUGAUGUCGAAGAGGAUGUCGCUCUGGAUGACACGUUCGCGGGGACGUCGUUGCAUGAUCUGUUGAUGAGCCCGCGGAAGGCGAGAUCGUUGGUGGGCAUGCAGGGGGUCAAGUCAUCGACCCGCGCGGCGGCUGGGUUUUCACAAUCUUCAGAUACUCGGCGGGAUGCUACAGAGAGGAAUGAUAGCAGGGAUGGGAAUCAUGACGUGGAAGAGACCGCAUCGGAAGACGACGACGAUCUCGACGCCCAGGCUCGAACACCUACCCUGACGGCACCACAUCGGAGGACUCAGGUAAUCGGUUCGGAUUCGUAUCUGUCAAAUCAAAGGAGCAGUUCGCUGUCCUCUCGCACCGACCAAAAUCGUGCAGCGAAAGAGGUGCGUCCUGUGGAGACGAAGUCUAAAUACAAGGCACAACCGGCGCUUCAAUCCAGAAAGAGGAGGCUUUUCGACGAUUUUGAUGAGCUUCCAGAGCUACAUACAUCAUACACACAGACAAAAGGCGGAUCUACAUCGUCUAUAAAUAAAACCCAACAGAAAACCCAAAACGAUAACAAUCUGGAGUCGAAAAAGAAAUCGCGUCUCAACGAAGUCCCGACAUUCUUGCUUUGA